ACUGGGCUCAUUAUGCUAGAUAGAACAGAGACUUGCCUCACCUCUUGCUUUCUGUGCUGACUCCAGAACACAGUGUGUGUUCUGGGAGAGGACAGCUCUGUGCUGUGGGCUUCACAGUCUCAGCAUUUUCUGCUGUUCCUGUGGAUUUAUUUGAUGCCAGAAAUCUCUUUGACCUUCCACAGUUAACUACCAUGGAUCAGUUCAUCUUAGCCUUCCUGAAGAAUUCAUCGAUAAAGAAUUUUCAGCAUUUGGCUAACGACUUUAUGCCUCACUACUCCACAUUAAUUAGUAAGGUAGGAGGCAUCCUCUCUCCAGAAACCCUCAGUAAUAUUCAAAAAGACCUUCAGGAAGGGAAGCUAAAUGAUGCAGUGGACAAGAUCCAAGAAUCACUUGCUGCAGCAGAAAAUUGUAUUCUGGAGGUGGCUGUAAUAGGGGAGUCUGGGACUGGCAAGUCCAGUUUCAUCAAUGCCCUGCGAGGGGUUAGUUCUGAAGAGGAGGGAGCAGCUAACAUUGGAGUUGUAGAGACCACCAUGGAGAAGACCCCCUAUCAACAUCCAAAAUAUCCCAAGGUGACCUUCUGGGACCUGCCUGGAACAGGGACUCCCAAUUUCCUUCCAGACACUUAUCUAGAAACUGUGGGAUUUACUAGCUAUGACUUCUUUAUCAUCAUUUCCUCCUCCCGGUUCAGCUUCAAUGAUGCUCUCCUGGCUCAGAAAAUCAAAGAGGAGGGGAAGAAGUUUUACUUUGUUAGAACCAAAGUGGACAGUGAUUUAUAUAAUGAAGAGGUAACCAAACCGAAGUCCUUCAAAAGGGAGAGAGUCCUUCAGCAGAUUCGAGACAACUGUCUGGCUAAUCUCAGUUCCAUUGGAGUACCUGAGCCAUGCAUCUUCCUAGUCUCUAAUUUUAACUUGGAUAAUUUUGAUUUCCCAAGACUACAGGAGACUCUGCUGAAGGAUCUCCCUGCUCACAAGCGUCAUAUCUUUGCACUUCUGUUGCCCACUUUUUCUGAUGCUUCUAUUGAAAUAAAGAGAGAUUUCCUCAAGGAGAAGAUCUGGUUGGAUGCUGUGAAGUCAGCAUCUUUGGCCUUUGUCCCCUUCAUGCCCAUUAUCUAUGGCUUUGAUUUGCCUGAACAAGAGAAGUGCUUGAAGGUUUACCGAAAUCAUUUUGGUCUUGAUGAUAUGUCAAUUGAAGAACUUGCUGAAAAGUUGGGCACUUCUAUGCAGGGCAUCAAGACAUACAUCAAGUCCUUGGAUUUCUGGCAACUUGUGAAGGAUGAUAGUAUAGCAGCAAAGGCGAGGAGCUGUGCUGAGUGCUGCUGUUCAGUGAAUGGAGGUGCCAUAUCUGCUGUCUUCCAACUUCUAAAAAUCUACUUUUUACGUUUGAAAUUCCUUGAUACUGUGGCUAAUGAUGCUAAAAUUCUCUUGCAUAAGACUUUAAAAAGGGCUGGGGAUGUGGCUCAGCGGUAGCGCGCUCGCCUGGCAUGCGUGUGGCCCGGGUUCGAUCC